UAGAAUUGGUCGUGUUUUGGAAUCUGCUGAAGUUUUUGCAACAUUCUAAAGAUAUUCUGCUGUUAUUUGGAAAAAAAUUCUACGCAUUGGAUACUUAUAAAACAAACCAGAUGCCAAGCGAGAAAGUUUCACACACGCAGCAGCUUCACUUGCAUUUUGAAAACGUGACUUCGUGCAGGAAGAUGCCUUCGGCUGACGUCGAAGACCUCCGGAAACAGCUGGCUGCCUAUGGCCAGGACCAUGUCCUCAAGUUCUGGCCUCGGCUGAACUGCGAGCAGAGGGCCAAUCUGGUGGCCGACAUCCAGGCCAUCGAUUUUGCCGACCUGGCCACGGCCUUCAAGGAGACGGUGGCCAACCGAGAGAACAACAAUCAGAAGCUGGACAUGCUCCUAGAACCGAUACCGGAGGAACUGCAUGAGGGGGUGUCCAGGUGCACGUCGGAACAACUUAGAACGUACCGAGAAGCUGGACUUCGUGAAGUUGCUGAAGGACGGGUUGCAGCUCUACUCCUGGCUGGUGGACAGGGAACCAGGCUCGGCGUGAACUACCCCAAGGGGAUGUAUGACGUGGGGUUGCCCUCCCACAAGACCCUCUACCAGUUGCAAGGAGAAAGACUUCUCAAGCUUGAGGAACUAGCCGAAGAACUGACUGGCAAGCACGGAACUAUACCUUGGUACAUAAUGACCAGCGAGCAUACCAUGGAACCCACGAUAGAAUUUUUCGCCAAACAUGAUUACUUUGGGCUGCGUAAAGAAAAUCUACUUGUUUUUGAACAAUAUAUGCUGCCUUGUCUAACACAAGAAGGCAAGAUAAUGCUAGAAACGCCAUGGAAAAUUGCUAAAGCUCCUGGUAAACAUCCUCUCACAUUUUCAAAGUCCAGUGCUACUGGACAGAGGUCCUCUCUGGGGCAUUUUAGAAUUUGUGAACUAUGGUACUUGUAUAAUUUCAUAAAGUCAUUCCAAAAUGACUUGGAGAGGAUGACUCUACCUCACACCUCCUCUUCCAUCAGGGCCGACGAGAGGCCAUGUCAGCCUAAUUAG